AUGGACCAGAAGACGAAACAGUUCUCGUCUGAAUUUAAGAUGAAAUUGUGGUUCUUAGGAGUGUUUGCAAUUUUUGGGCAUUUCGACAGAGUCGUUAUUGCCAAAAAGAAUCAAGUUGAAUCAGUGUACUAUUGGAAAAAAGUGAUCUUUGAUGAUUUACCUUUCGAUGAUGAUACAUACAUUGGAAAGUACCCUUAUCAUAUACCUCACAAUAACGAUAUCAUUGGAUUGGAGCAUCAUGCUCAAAGUGGAUUAAUGUUUGCAGCAAUUGUGCGCCUUAGACCAGGAAUACCUUCGACAUUGAAUGCCUUCUGUGUAUCGGACUAUCCUCAGGGAAGUAGUCCACAUCUCUGGGGCUUCCCCAACUAUGAUCAGAAUACUAUAAAGGCGUCUUUUUAUGGUGAAGCUGAUGAUGAUAGUCGUCGUACUGGUGUUAAGGAGACAAAGUACUCCGCUGGAUACUACAAUCACUUUUUCAGGAGCUUCCGUCGCGGAUCGCAUCAUAGUGAUUACAGAAAACCAGUUUUUCAAUAUUACAAUCCCAAGGAAGAUUUCAGCAUUGUGUCAGCUCAUCAUUCUGCAGUAGACAAUCAAUGCAAUAGAUUAUUCACUUUAGAUUCUGGCGCCCUUCGUUACUCCGAAGAUGAAUUUUAUAGAGUACAAAAUCCUGCCCUGAUUGUAUUCCAUCUUCCAUCUAAUGGAUGCACAACGCGCCAAUUCCCAGUGGUUAGAAGAGUAGAAAUUCCUGAAUAUCUCUGGUCAAAUUCUAUUGGUUACAACGUUAUGACAGUUGACCAUCAACCUAAGGGAUCCUGUGAUGAUAUUUUCGUGUACUUCUGUAAUGCCUUUGAUAAUCGCGUCCUUGUCUACGACUUCAAAAAGGAUAAUUUCUGGAAUAUUGAACAUUCCCUAUCCAUGACGCCCGUCAUGUCGGAAUCUUACAUGAUUUUCCGCGGUGACUACAAGUAUCAACUACCCUUGGGUAUCACAAGUAUAGGACUAGGAUGGCCAGAUAAGCAGGGUAAUCGCCUUGCUUACUACUCAUCGGGAUCUAGUCUAGCACAAUACGUGGUCUCUACGAAAUAUUUCAAGAAUCCUAAGAAAUAUUCCUACAAGUACAACUCAGAAGAGCCCUCUCUUUUGGGAUAUCGUGGUUGUGGAUCUCAAGCUUAUCGUCAAUUUUUCGAUCAUCUGACUGGUGUGGUCUUCUUUGCAGAAAUGCAAUCUCACAGGCUUAGUUGCUGGAAUCCUCAAAAACCUCUAAAUCCUGAUACAGUAGGGGUGAUUUAUGAAUCGAAAGAAUUGGAUUUCAUUUCGGGUCUUUUUGUUGAUUCAAAUGGAUAUCUUUGGUUUCAUUCAAGUCAAGUUCCUAUUGACUAUCUUACAAAUAUACCGUUGGAUUUGUCGGAGGUUAAUUCCCAAGUAUUCCGAAUUGAUGUAUACGAAGCUAUUAAGGGAACGGUCUGUGAGCCUUAUUAUUAAUUAUUUAUCAACGGUUUCAAAAUUAUGCACAACGUUUUGAACAUAGUUUAACUAUACUCUGUAAAAUUUAACACAGUGUUACUGCUUUUAUUAUUAUUUUUUUUAUUAUAUAGUUUAUACUUCGUAUAGAAUGACUAAAGUUAUGAUAAAUGAUAAAACCUAGCGGUAGUUUUACGAACUUGCGAUGUUAUAAGGGGAAGUGGCAUUUCACGAGAGCUUUCCAAAAAGCCCUCGCUUUUUAAAUUCUGAUAAUUAGAACCGGAGUUAUGGCCAUUUUAAGAAUUUUUUUUGGACCCUUAUAGCUCGGGUCAGGGGGGUCGGGAGACCUUAAGUUUGGUAUUGAUCGAAAGCCCUAAGGCCCAGCUAUAACAAACUAAAAUUUGAGCCCGAUCGAUGCCAUAGGGGCGGAGCCAUUAAGAAAACAAAAAAAGGGGGUAUUCAAAAUGGUGGAAGGAGGGGUGGGGGGUCAAUGCACUAAGUUGCAAUUUUCAUGCGAUAUAUAACCUUUGCCGAAAACCGCAAGUCGAUAUCUCUUUUAGUUUAGGAGCUAUUAAGCUCCAAAGAGCGGCCGGACGGACGGACGGAUAUGUGGUUUCGAUUGGCAGCGUGAAGUGAUUUAAAAUAAAAAUAAAAUAGUCAAAAAAAUAAGAAGAAGCUUAUUUCAAUAUCUUUAUUUAUGAUUACUAUUUAUUGGUUUUAUAAUUUUACUUAUUUAUAUAAAAAUAUCCAAACUGUAAAAGACCAACGUUUCAAUUUACAAAUAUUUCUAAGCUUCAUUCGAUGCACAGUAAGAAUAAUGAUUAAAAUGAUAAAUCUUUAAUUUGCUUUUUUACCACGAUUAUUGUUGCAAAUUUACACAAAUUAUAUACUUCAGAAAAACGUGUAAUCUAAAAGUGUGUAAUGAUAAUAUUGCGUAAUGUGAAAUAAAUAACGCAAGCCUGAGCGGUGAAUCUUGGUUCAUGUCUCCUCACGAAUCCGGGUAAGUCUCGGUAUCCCAGAAAUUUUUCAGAAAACUGGAAAAUUUUCGACAACUUUCGCAAUCUUCGAAAUAUUGCAGAACUAACUGUCAGACACCCUUGUACGGGCUUAAAACCUAAGGGCUUAGCCACAUGGCUUAAGUUUUUUAAUUUCUUAACAGUCAAGAUUUUUUGAAUGAAAAUAGAAUUGGAUUAAGUAUUAAGAGCAAAUUGAUCUAUUGGAUUCUGCAAUCAAAUAAAAUGGAUUGCUAUUUAGAAUUUUGAAUCUUUCGGGAAUUGGGAUAGGGGAAAGUACUCUACCUUCGAACGUUCAUGCCUUCGAAUAAUGUGAAUGGCUCCUUUUUUUCUAAAGAGACUUACACAGUUCUAUCAAACAUUAGUUAGCUUAUCGUCAGUUAUUGAUAAUUACGCGAUAAAUAUUUAUAAGUCUCAUGCUGUCUACACACUAGAAGUAAUUUUCGUAAAAAAUUGUCUCUUUUAAAAAAUUCUGACGUUUCUGCCUACAAGGAAUUGGGGAAAUUUUCUUUAAAAAGAUAUUUUUUUAAAAAUUUCUACUAGUGUGUAGAGGCCUAUAAGGUAAGAUAAAAGAAAAUCACAUUAUUCGAAGGCACGAACGUUCGAAGGGAGAGUACUAUCCCCUAUAUCUCUAGUUUCAAGACCGCCUUGGUAACCUUGAACAUUUCGAGAAUUUGAGAACUAGGGAUAGCCUUCGAAAUCGUCUAGAAAUCGGGGAAAUCUUGAAGAAACCUUAAGAACACAUGGAAAUGCGAGAUCCCUUGGUAACCUGGGGAUCUUUUAUGAAACUGGGGAACCUUCAUGAACACAGAGAAAUUCUCAAGAACUAAGUGUGUAAAUGGGUUACCUGCAAACAGAAAAGAAUGUAUCAAUAGAGAACCAAUAUCAUCCGGCUUGGAGUAUCCGCUGGAAUGUUAUCUUCGAUGAAUGUGUUCUUCGUAUCCUUAUCACUUGAAAUACACCUUUUACAUUCAAAUCACAAUUUAUUCUCUCUUAAUAGAAACUUGUCUUUUUCACUGCUUUUUACAUACUACUUUUUUAUGGCAAUUUUUAUUAUUAUUAAUUUUUUUAUUACUAUUUUUAUCACUAAACUGUAACACUAAAAGUAAAGUAAAUCCUAAGAAAUCCUUAGGAUCUUUACUAACGCUAACCAAUAUUUCUUACAUCUAAACAGUACUACAACACUCACUUCCCUAUUUUUUUAUUCCGUCUCUUUUUUUUAUCUCGACUGCGUAUUUAUUACAAUUACUGCACAUAAUUCUUAAUAUUAUUAAUAUUACACAAUUUUUACACAUUUUGUGUAAAAUGACGUAAAUUUUAGACAAAAUGUGUAACACAAAAAAUAAUAUUUAUGUAAAUUUUGAAAUCAGAGUAAAACUGAAAAUAAUUUUUUACAAUGCAGCAAAGGAUUUUAAUUUCUUAUGUAUAAUAGGUAAAUUUCGACCACGUUGUUAAUCUAAACCAUUUGAUACUGCUCAAUAAACGAUUUUUUUUCAA